AUGGCAUCUGCUCUCAUCGUCCUCCUCCUCGGGCGUGAAAACCCCAAACCCACCAUCUCGGUGAGCCCCAGCAGGGUGAUGGCGCUGGGGGAAAACAUCACCAUCCGCUGUGAGGGUUUGUACUCGGGCACGGAGUUCUUUCUGCGUAAAGCUGGACACCCGAACCUGCAGGUGCGGACAGUGCCUGAUGGGACCGUGGCUGAAUUUCCCAUCACCAGUGUCGGGCGGAAAGAUGGAGGGAAUUACACCUGCGACUAUCACUCCAUUAUGGAUCAGAAUCGCUCGUCAUAUCCCAGCGACCCCGUCAGGAUCAUUGUAGGAGAGCCCAGCUACCCCAAACCCAACAUCGUCCUGAGACCCAGAGGGGGGGUAUCUCUGGGGGGAGCCGUGAGCAUCUGGUGUCGGGGGCAGCGCCUGGGCGUGCGGUUCGUGCUGAAUAAAGAGCGACGCCAUUUCCCACCUGUGGAUUCGGACGGGUUUGGGGUUGUGUUUCCCAUCAACAACGUGCGCCGGGAGCAGGGCGGGAGCUACAGCUGCUCCUAUCACAGCAGAUCAGAGCCGUUCGCCGUGUCGUACCCCAGCGACCCCGUGGAGCUGGUGGUGAGAGAUCCCAGCUUACCCAGACCCUCCAUCUCUCUGAGCCCCACUGGGGUCACCGCCCCAGGGGCAGACGUCACCAUCCGGUGUCAGGGGCAGCACCAGGACGUGAGGUUCUUCCUGCACAAGGCUGGAGACCUGAACCCGCAGCGACACAUGGACCCUGCUGGGGACGGGGCCGAGUUCCACAUCCCCACCGUGGGCCGGCAACAUGGAGGGAACUACAGAUGCAGCUACCGGCGCCGAUCAGAGCCCUUCGUCUACUCGCAGCCCAGCAACCCCGUGGAGCUGGUGGUAGCAGGCGGAUCGGAAUCGCCGGCACCUCUGGGUCUGACCAGCCCCAUCAUCGCCGGGGCGAGCGCAGCAGCUGCCGUCCUCCUCCUCCUCCUCCUCCUCGUGGCCUUUGUCUGCUUCAGAAAAACCCGAGCCAACGCCACCAUUAAUGAAGGGGAAGAGCCGCAGACCCUGCCCCAGGAGCCUGACAGACUCACCUACGCCGAGUUGGAUGGCAAGGCGCUGCAGGCCAAGCGGGGGAGCCCGUCCCCGGUCCCUAAGCCCGCCCAGCCCAGCGUGUACACCGUGAUCAAU